AUGUCAUCAACCGCAGAACCAACAUUGAAGCUAAACACUGGUGCAUCCAUUCCUCAAAUUGGAUUGGGUACAUGGCAAUCACCUGACCAAGAGGCUUACAACGCCGUUGUCACUGCCUUGAAAAACGGGUACAGACACAUCGACACUGCUGCUAUCUACGGCAACGAAGAGGCUGUUGGUAGAGGUAUCAGAGACUCUGGUGUUCCUAGGGAAGAAAUCUUUGUUACCACUAAGUUGUGGGGUACUCAACAAAGGAACCCUGAAGCUGCUUUGGACGACUCCUUGAAGAGACUUGGAUUGGAUUAUGUGGACUUGUACUUGAUUCACUGGCCAGUGGCUUUGAAAACUGAUUCCAUUAAGGACGGUAAUGUGUUCACUUUCCCAAGAACUGCAGAUGGUAAGAUUGAUGUCGACAUUGAAGACUGGGACUUCACUAAGACAUGGGAAAAGAUGCAACACUUACCAAAGACCGGUAAGACAAAGGCUAUUGGUGUUUCGAAUUUCUCAAUCAAGAACAUCGAAGCCCUUUUCAAGGCAAAUCCAAACACUAUAGUCCCUGCUGCUAACCAAGUGGAAACCCACCCUCAAUUGGACCAACAAGAGUUGCUUGAUUACUGCAAGUCCAAGGGUAUCUUGCUAGAAGCCUACUCCCCAUUGGGUUCUUCUAACUCUCUACUUCUCACCGACCCAACUAUCAAGAAAAUCGCUGAAAAGCAUAACGUCGAACCAGCAAACAUUCUCAUCAACUGGGGUCUAUCUCGUGGUUACGUCGUCUUGCCAAAGUCCGUGAAUCCCGAAAGAGUUAAGAACAACAAGAAGAUUAUCGACUUGCCUGCAGAAGAUAUCGAGACGAUUAACAGUUUAGCUACUAAAAUCGGCUCAAAGAGAUACGUUAGCCCUGAUUUUACUCCUUUCAAAAUCUUCGAGUAA